AUGUCGUAUAAAGAAAGCAAUCCUCUCCCAUCCGCGAGCUCCGAAGACGCCGUUGUUUCUAUAGCAGCAUUUGAAACGGGAUGGAUGAAGAUCAACGCUUCUCUGGCAAUUGCCGGUCUCAAGGGUGAAUUCCACGGGACAUCGUGGCGAUUCUUCAUGCAACAUGCUCCAUCAAACACCAAGUUUUGGUUUGAUCUUGGAGUGGCACAUGAUCUGUCUCUAUAUCCUCCCCGAAUCCAGCGGGUCCAGCACAAAGUCUUCUCCACGAUUCCAGCCGAACGUGAUCCAGCGCAAGACGUCAUUUCAGUUGGGGCCGAUCCGAAGGAUGUGAAAUAUAUAUUCGUUAGUCAUGCACACUGGGACCAUAUAUUCCCAGCAUCGGAUUUUUUCCCGAAUGCAAAAGUCCUCUGCCACGAAGAUACUUUGAAAUGGACAUCCACAACAUGGCCAACCGAUCCCGAAGGCGGUUUUGAUGGACGCAUUUGGAGUAAAGAAGAAUCAGUGUUGCCGAUUGAUGGCAUUCCGUCCCCCGCUACUGCACCGGAGAAGUGGCAGCCGUUGGGUCCGUUCAAGAACGCCCAUGACUUUUUCGGUGACGGUAGCUUCUGGCUCAUUGAUGCUCCUGGACACUGCCUUGGAAAUAUGGCUGCACUAGCUCGUGUGAAGCGUAAAGAUGGGGUAGUCAAGUGGGCAUUUUUAGGGGGCGACUGUUUCCAUACGCCAAUGUUCGUUAAUUACCCGGAUGCUCCUUUUGGAAAAGGGGUCAAGGUGACUUCUACAGACUCUUUCCAUGAGGAUGAAGAGCAGGCUAGGGAGAUAAUUAAGCAAGCUGCAGAGUUGAAAAAGGAAGAAGGUGAAAAUGCACUGAUUUGGCUUGCACAUGCUGACGUGCUAGAGGAUGUGUGGAACUUUUGA